AUGGCCCUAGUAUUAUCCUACGACUCGCCUAUCCUUAAAGGCUCAGACAGCCUAUGGCAUCAGCGUCUAGGGCAUCCUAGCCUCGAUACGGUUAAGCAUCUCGAAGCCUCUACCACGGGGGUGGUUAUAGACCAUUUUUCGGCCAAAAAACAACCGUGCGAGACAUGCCUUAUCUCUAAGGCUCAAAGACAGGUGUCUAGACGACCUAUGCAUAUUGGAGACCAACCGUUCGAAACCUUGCAUUGGGACCUUAUUCAUUUAGGCCCUGGAAUCAACAAUAUCCUCUAUGCAAGCCAUACGUAUUGUCCAGUGACGAAAUACCACCUAUUAGUCACCAUUGCACGGAAACACCUAAUCCAAUUAUUAUUGCAGCAAAUGAUUGAUUUCACGGGGACCGUAAUAUCCACCAGGAUAGGCUUCGAACUCAAGGAAUUGAGGUUAUUACCUUACCGCCCUACCAACCAGAGCAAAACCCCUUUUCAGAAAGGUCUGGUGCGGUCAUUAUCUCAAGGGCUAGGGCUAUAA